AUGACAUCCGGCCUCCUCAUCGCCCAACUCGUCCUCUACGCCCCCCUAACCCUUCCAACCCUCUACCUCCUCUACAGCCAUGGCCGCCACGGCCUCCCUGCCUGGCUCUACCUCCUCGCCUUCUGCAUCCUUCGCAUAACCGGCGCCGCCAUGGGCCUCAACGACCCGCACAACACAGGCUCCCAGAUAAUAUCCAGUAUCGGGCUCUCGCCGCUGCUGCUUUCGAUAGACGGGAUGUUGCAUGAGGCGAGAAUCUACUGGCUAUCCCCGAGCAAACGAACCGAAUGGGCAUUCAUGGCGCUCAUCCAUGUCCUCGUCGCGACGGGGGUGGCAAUGGUUGGGGUUGGUGCUGGCGGGUUGUUGGGCGAUAUGCCCAAGGACAGUGAUUUAUCCGACAUCAAGGUCGGUAUGGCGCUGUUGGAGGUUGUGUGGGGUCUGCUCGCUUUGUGGGGGCUGUGGACGCUUUGGAAUGGGAGGGGUAGGGGGUGGAAAAGUGGUGGAAACCGAGAUGCACCGGGGGGCUUGCUCCUAACCGGCACCCUCAUCGCUCUUCCCCUCGUCGAGAUCUCGGUGAUCUACAUGCUUGUCGCGGAAUCAACGCAGCGCGCGGAUCUCAACCCGACGACAGGGAGUUUGGCUGUUCGUGUGGUGUUGGGGUUUCUCCCCGAGUUGCUUGCGGCGAUUGUUUUGGUGUCCGUUGGGAUUAUGACGAGGGGGUUGGUGCUGGUGGAGCUGGGCUGGAGCAAGGGCAAGGGCGCCGGCAUAGACAUGCCCAUGGGCAUGGAAGGCGCUUGA